AUGUUUCCCAGGAACACUUGGACCUUGCUGGUCGUUUCCUGCGUCUUAUUUGCGAGUUAUCCGGUUCGCGGCGAGGAGAUUGUCAUUGCCGAACGCGAUGCAAAUGCUGGACCGGGACAAGGAGUCAGCCCUGAUCUGACGGGUGCCAUGCUCAUGGCUCGGGAAUUCGACGACACCGGCUUGAAUGGCGAUAAAUCAACUCAUGGCCCUCCGAAAACUACUGUCCAUCCUCCAAUCACUACUGUGCUUCCUCCGACCACUACUCUCCCUCCAGGUGCCACGCUCAUGGCUCGGGAAUUCGACGACGAUGGCUCCAAUCAUGAUGAUAGCCCUUGCGAUAGUGACGGCCAUACAUCAACUCGUGGCCCCCUGACCACUACUGUUACAGCGAGUACCUGUCCAACUUCCACACAAACGCUCUCGACUGCCAUCUGUUCAAUUGCGACUGCUCUCUGUGCAGCCUGUCCUCCCAUUGUUGUUACCGUCACAAACACGGCGACUAUCACAAUCGGCAGCUGUCCCCUGGCAACAAUCACAAGAACCGUCACCGAAUGCCCUGGUCCUGGCCCUACUACUACCAGUAUAUCUACUUCUAUCUCUACCUCCUCGUCCCAACCAUUCUCGAGUUCAGCCACUCCGACUCCAAGCUCCAGCAUUCGACCUAGUAGUUCCUCAAUCAUACCAUCCUCGAGCUCGGUCAUUCCUUCGAGUUCUAGCGGUCGACCAACCACCGCCGCCACCACCACAACUACGCGCAGCUCGACUCCCAUGGGCCCCAAUUUCAGCAGCACCAUCCCUCCUCGCACGACGACCAGCAGCACUCUAUCGACCCAUCCCACGUCGACGGAGCCUGUCCGAACGAUCAGCCCGCGUGGUGAAGGCACCACGACCACCACACGGCGCACUCCUCCCGGUAUAGUCCGACGCGAGAUGAUCGGAAACAUCACCGCAAUAGUCACUAACACGACUAGAACUUUCACGAAUGCGACGACGAGUGGUCCACUUAAUUUAACCGGCAUUCGGACGGAAACGAGCACGACAACCACCGGGGUCUUCCCGCGAUUCCAACGCGCCAGGUAUCGGUACUAG